CCUCAGGCCGGGGAGUGGGGGGGGGUGUCCUCCCUCGGACCCAGCCGCCGGGUUUGGGGGGGAGUUGUUCCUUGUCCCCGGGGUUUUGGUGCCACUAGCGCUGUGGCGAGCUGGGUGGGUGGCCUUGAAGCCUUCGUGGCCUGAGGAUGCUCGCGAGGCAAGCCUUGGGACCCGGUGUGUGUGUUUUGGUUUAGAUGAGUUAAAGUGCUACUUAGAAAAGCGCUCUUCCAAGUCCUGUAAAGGACUUAGGUGUCUAGAAGCUUGUGGAGUGUGUUUGUUUUUUGUUUUUUUUUUUCUUUCUAAAAUAGGAAGUAUUACUCUUUUGAGAAGUGUUGUUUUGGUCAAAAUGUCCUGAAAACUGAAAAGUGUCUGCAAAGCUGAGUUUUAGAAAGGUAGCAGGGUUUCUUCUCCCCUGAGAAGAAGCAAGGACCUGAGUCCAGCUCUGGGUUGUUCUGCCCAAGGAUUGUCUUUAAUGCUUGGCCAAGAAGGUGACCACAGGGAGAAGACAUGGCCAGGUACCUCCCUUAGGGCAAGCAUUUUUGGAAGGCAGCAACAAAAAAACCCAAACCAACAAAAAGUGUGCAAAAUGAGCGGAUCUGAAGUUGUGAUUCUGUAAUGGUGCCCUCAGCAACUUCCCUCUCCCUUACUGGUGUUCAGCAGUUGCAGGUAAACUUCCUGCCAGGCCUAUGGAGCCACAAGGGAUUGUCAAAGCCUUUCCCAAGAGGAAGAAGGUGAGGGAUGACUCGGGGAAAAGCAUCCCUCCAAAGGUCCCCAAAGAGGAAGUAGCAGAGAUACCUGAGGCAGAGUGGCUGAAACCCGUCGCUGCCUACGUGUUGCAAGCUGGCAUCGGCCAAGCCCGGGCAGAGAUCUUCCACAAGCAGAUUGUCCAGAAUGGGGGUGUUGUACACAACCAGCUCUCCUCAGAGGUGACGCACGUCAUCGUGGCUGAAGACAUGGACUGCGAUCGGGCCUUUCGGCUCCUUAAAUUAACCAAACUGCCUUCAGGGUUGCAGCUGGUGAAGGCGUCCUGGCUGAGUGCUUGCAUCAGAGAGCAGAAGCUGCUGAGUACUGCUGGCUAUGGGGUCUUCAUCCCUCGCAGGUACCUGGAGGAGGGAGGACCGCAGAAAGAGCAGCAGCAGGUCCUGGGCAGUGAAGAGACCCAGCCUCCAGCAGAGGAGGAAGCAGUGAAACCAAACACUGAAGCACAGGCUGGGAAUUCCUUGCAGCGAGGCCUGGGCACCCUUGGACACCAGCAGCUGGCUGAGAAAGUCUCUGAUGAUGAAGACAGCGAAGGAGAAGAUGCUGGUGUCACCCAGGGAGAUCUGGAAGCACUGAUUUCUGGCCGUUACCCUGUGAAAUCGUCAGAGGAGACCAGUGACAGCUCUUCUGCAGUGGCACAGCCUGCCAGCAAGUGGGUUUGUGCCCAUUCCUCUAACAGCAAAAAGGAGAAUCACAACCAGAGCAUUACAGAGAAGCUGGAAGUGCUGGCAAAGGCCUAUUCUGUCCAGGGGGACAAGUGGAGAGCUCUGGGCUACUCCAAAGCCAUCAAUGCACUCAAGAGCUACCACAAACCAGUCACCUCCUACCAGGAAGCCUGUAAAAUCCCUGGGAUUGGGAAGCGAAUGGCAGAGAAGAUCCUGGAGAUCUUGGAGAGCGGGCACCUGCGCAAGCUGGAUCACAUCAGUGAGAGCGUGCCUGUGCUGGAGUUGUUCUCCAACAUCUGGGGAGCAGGGACCAAGACAGCUCAGAUGUGGUACCAGCAGGGUUUCCGGACGCUGGAUGAUAUCCGCACCAAGGCGACUCUCACCAGCCAACAGGCUGUGGGGCUGAAGCACUACAGGGAUUUCCUGGAGCGCAUGCCUCGGGAGGAAGCUGCAGAAAUAGAACAGACUGUCAGACAAGCUGCCCUGGCCCUGAAGCCUGGGCUCGUGUGUGUGGCAUGUGGCUCCUACCGUCGGGGGAAGCCCACCUGUGGGGACGUGGAUGUGCUGGUCACUCACCCAGAUGGGCAGUCUCACCGUGGGGUGUUCAGCAAGCUGCUCGACAGCCUCCACAGGAGCGGCUUCCUUACAGAUGACCUGGUGAGUCAGGAAGACAAUGGAGAUCAGAAGAAGUACCUGGGGGUGUGCCGGCUCCCCGGGCCAGCCCAGCGUCACCGCCGGCUCGACAUCAUCGUGGUCCCUUACAGUGAGUUUGCCUGUGCCCUGCUCUACUUCACUGGCUCCGCUCACUUCAACCGCUCCAUGCGGGCCCUGGCCAAGACCAAGGGCAUGAGCCUCUCCGAGCAUGCCCUCAGCUCAGCUGUGGUGCGAGGCCCUGGAGGUGUCAAGGUGGCAUCUGGCCAUACUUUACCCACCCCUACAGAGAGAGAUGUCUUCAUUCAGCUGGGGCUGCCUUACCGGGAGCCCUCAGAACGGGACUGGUGACAACUGGUUGUCACCCAGCACCCUGGGCCCGCUGCUGUGCUGCUGUUUUGAAGGGUGCUGGUUUCCCCAGUGCUGCUCUGUGGUGACUGCAGAUAUGGUGGCAUCUCACAGCAAACUGGGGCUCCUCGCAGGUGCAGGGCCCUGUUGCCAGCAGAGCUGUGUGGCUUCACCCAGCAGAGGCCGUGGGCUGGAAUGAAGAGCUGCUUAAUGCUACACACAGCCUCAUGUCGUAGUUCUUGUGCAGCCCUUGGCUACCAAAUGGGCUUGCUGCCCGUUGGCUACCUUGGCCCUGCUCUCCCCAGGGAAGCUUCAGAAGGCUGGGCUGCAGAGCCUUGUGGUCCAGCUCUUCCCAGUGCUUGGGAGCAGGGGAAGUGGGGUGCAUCUUCCUUUGUGUCUGAGCGCAGAAACCCCAAAAUCUCCGGCCCGAGCUGGGUAUGAAGGCAGCCAGGGUCUGGCUUGGCCCUGGAACAGGACUUCCCCCUUCUCACUGCUGCUAGCAGUAGCUACUGAGGGCAUCAUGAAGGGUCCCCCUGUGCUGCUGCUGUGUCCUCCCUCCAUCUGAGGUUACUUGUGACCUCUGGUGGGGUCUUCCCUGCACGGGGCUGGGCUGCUGUGACUGCCACCAGCUUCCCCUGGAGCUAGAUAAACUUUGAAGGAGCUGCAGGGUCCCGAUGUUCUGUGCUGGCUUGCUCUGAGCCCAUUGUGUGCUGUGAACCCCCUGGUCUGGCCCCAAGGGCUCCUUUCCUCUCAGUGGGGGAGAUGAAUGGACCUGGUGGCUCAGGGGAGCCGUGCUCAGGAAGGGUUUGAAUGUGAUGGCAAUGAAUGUAACCCGGCAGGGCUGCGUGUGUGCACAGGAGCUGUGGAGGCAGAGAAACACCAGGCAGUUUAGUUCUAAUUUGGGUGAAGCAAAGCUUUCCCUUUGUCCGUGUGUAAGUCAUGGAGUCAUCUCCACUCCACUCAUGAUCAGAGUGUGUGUCUGUGCCAUAUUUGAGUGUACACGUACACACGUCCUGGCCCCAUCAGCUCCGUGGGAGUGAUAUUUAUUUCUCAGGAAACCUCAACUUUUUUGAUAUUCUAGAGAUGGAUGUCCCAGAGGCUCCCAGUGCUCUGUCUCCGUUAUGGGUAUUGCAGUGUUCCUCCUGGCAGAGGAGGUGUUUCUGUGCCAGGACCCCGGGGCUCCCUCUGGCCAGUCUCUGGGCCUCCUCCUCCUCCCUUGUCUGGUGGGGGUCCUGCCACCCCCGCUCUGCACUCUGCUUGUCUUUGUCACCUGCAGUGACAAGCUGUGUGUUUGCUGCCAAGGGCAUUAAACCUGGUGGGUUUGCACAGUUUCUUGCUGCACCAUCAGCCAUGGCUGGUGGGCACCAGCAGUGGGGCUGGGGUGUUUGCUGGGCACACCUUGACCCCAGUGGUGUCACUUGUCAGCCCAGCUUUUCUGCUGAACACUUGAUGGAAAUGAAUGUCUGCUGGUAUGUCUCGGUGCUUUGAAAUGUGAAGUGUAAUAAAUGCUUUCGUUCUUUUUCCUUCUCA